GUGAGAAGCUGAUCCCUUCCUAUACUUUCUCCAUCCAGAGCGCUCCAGAGACAGUAAAUACCCCGCCAGUAAGAGGGUUACCUGCCCUGGAGCUGGCGUGUGUGUCGGUGGAUUGUACGACAACGCUAAACUACAGCGAUUACGUUCCCAUUAAAAGUGACGGAGCGACGGUUCUUUCUGAGAUCUCCAGCGUUUUGAAGUUGCAUUCCUGAAAUUUCUCAGAAGAAGAACUCAGAAGGCCGACCCGACAGAGAUCAUAUUCUUCAUCCCUCCAUCCCUUUUCUCUGACGGAGGAUAAAGUGUGUGUGUUUUUUUUUUUGAAGAGAAGAGACCCCAGUGUUUGCUUGGAUAUGGAUUUUCUACGUCUGAGAGAGAGACAGAGGGAGCUAAGCUGAGGUCAAGGCCUUCCUCCUCUCCCCCCCUGGAGUCACAUGUCAGCGUGAGGCACAACCCCCGGGUUGCUAUCGCUACACUGACCGACCUAAAUACUUGUAUACUCACUUGGAGUAGCAACACAGACUGAGUCACUCAGCUGGGAGUGGAAAUCGACAGAAGGAGCUUCUUAUCAAGUGAAUUUGCUUUGUGAGCUGUUGACACUGCUCUGUUUCUCCUGCUGGUUUUAAUCAGACCUGAACCCAUAGAGGUCCUGUCCGAGCCAGUGAGUGCACGCAGGAGAAUUACCUUUCUCUCCGAAACAGAGAAGCACACGGAGUUUUCUCUGAAGAUACUGGAAACGCCUCACGUCGACCUGAAAGAAGCAGAAUGCCAGCAAAGACGCCAAUGUACUUAAAAACUACAACUCCCAAGAAGGGGAAGAAGCUGAAGCUGCGUGACGUCCUCUCAGGUGAUAUGAUCAGCCCCCCGCUGGGCGACGUACGUCACAGCGCCCACGUGGGGCCUGAAGGUGAGGGUGACAUGUUUGGAGACGUGGGUUUCCUCCAGGGCAAGAUGAACAUGCUGCCGUCCCUGAGUCGGACGCAGAACGGUCAUUCACGCUCGUACAGCGUAGAGACACGUCAGGAUGACGGCUUCGCCGCGAGACAGGACUCGCACAACUACUCCUACAACGGUUACCAUUAUCAGCAAACCUCUGCCGGCCUGCUGAAGACCACCAUCUCCAUGCCUGUGUUCAUCGCCCACGAACAGGCUCCACCCAAACCCCCACGCCUCCACCUGGACGACCCCUCCCCUCCCCAUCUGCCUUCCCAGCAAAACUCCUUCCUGCACCAUCAGCCGCCUACAGAGACGAGCCACAAACAGGCCAACGGCUACAACCACGCAGACAACCACAGCUCUCUGACGCUCUUUGAGAACGGCGUGGUGGGACGUUUGGCAUCCGAGCCCUGCCGCGACAUCUCCCUCUCGCCCUCCAUGCGCAGGCUCGUCCCCUCCUCCGGCUCCUUCUCGGAGGUCUCUUCUGAGGACUCCAUGUCAGAGACCUGCGGGCCCCCGGACGUUCGCCGGGGCCUCAGCCUGGACUCUGAUGCCGGCCUGAGCAACGAGGACCUGAGGAGUGAACGCAGCGAGUCGCCCUGUGCUACCUGUCAUCCGUCCGGUCUCACAGCUUCAUCCGGUGUGCCGCGGUCAGACUCUAUGGCGGGAUUAGACCUGGAUCUGGGACCAUCCAUCCUGGAGGAUGUCCUGAGUAUCAUGGACCGCUACAAGACUGAGGACAACCGCUGUGAGCUGUGAAGAACAGAAAGAUUAAUGUGAUGUACAGAUAUUUUUAUACAUGGUUUAUUGAAUCCUUAAAAACUUUGCAGAGAUGACGAAGGGACGGAGGAAACGGAGGGCGGAGAAAAUGUCUUUCUUAAGAAGACAGCUGAGUUUAAACGUCCUUGAAAGACUUAAGAAAGGCGACAGGCACGUGGACGUUGUUGUAAAGUGCCGGGAUGUUGCUGCCCGACUUGACAACAAGGCAACAGGCUGGUCCUUAGGAGCCUGAACAGAGCUCAGACUCAUAAACAUUCAAACUGUAAGAUAACAAAGAGGAGAACUGCAGUCACUUUGUUAUCACCAACCUUGGCAACACAUUCCCUGUUUCUUAGGACAAAAUACCAGACACUACCCACAUGGUUUCUAAUCUGACAUGUGCUCAGAGCUCUCUGCUCGUUAAUGGUUCACAGAUUACCAGCUGAGUCUGAUAUAAAUGUCUGUAGACUGACAUGGGAGAAACCGACAGCUGUGAACAGAAUCCAGGAGCAGCAGGAUUUAACCACAGCUACUAACUUCGGACAUCUCUGCAGCAGAGUUCAAAUUAUCCUAAACUGAACUGCAAAACUACAUAGUUUUAUGGUGAAGGUCGUGUUCUGUCCUAAUUCAUUCUGGCUGCCUGAAAUGUUUCAGAAGACUAAAUAUUAAUAUCUUCACUUGUUUACUGUGAUUCAACACCAGAUGAAAUGUGAAGAACUUCUUCUGUAACAGAUGAAGACGUAAGCUAAGAGCUAGCUCUACAUGUCCUCUGGUGUUGCUUUAAAGAACAGCAGCUCUGACAUUUCAGCCGCAGGUUUCUUUCUUCUGAUCAGAGGGAAACUUAUUCUUGUAGUUUAACUAAUAAAAAAGCUUUACGUGUAAGAAAGGUGUUGCUUUGUAGAUCAUUCUCAAAUACUGGUCUUUUAAAAACACUCUUUGUCCAUGUUGUGGCUCACUGUCGGCCUCCCUAACAUUCACUGUCUGCAUUAUCACAGUAGCCUAUUAUUCAAAUGUCAUUUAUGCUGUGUGUGUGUAUAUAUAUAAAUAAAAAUAUAUAUAUAUAUAUAUCACUGUAAAUGUACAAAUAAAAUGUUCCU